UGUCUGACUGAAGAAGUGGAGAAUGAGAAUUUGCAGGAUAUUGUACUGUUUCUAAGCAAAUACAGUAAAGUAUUUAGAGUUUUUGGACAGAAAAAUCAACACUGACUAGAGUUAAACGAAACAGUUUAUUAGGAAUACAUUUUGUUUUGUGCAGUACUCGAUAGUUUUGCCGUCUUUCAAGCCGUGUGAUGUUGAGCUCAGGUAUUUAGAAGUUACAGCUUUCAGAAUAGGCUGUAAGUUAACAUGGCCAAACACAAAACGAAAAAGCUCAUUAUUGAAGAAGAUGAGCCAAAGCAAGAUGUAGAUGCGAUGAAUCCUUUUUCUUUCAAGGAGUUCAUCAGAAACAAGAACCAGCAGUCCUGCACUACAGAUGAGGAUGAGGUAUAUGGUGGCACAUACCAAGUUGAGAAGGACUAUAACUCCUCUAUAGGCUUUGUUCCCAUGGGGCAAUUCUUCACAGACCCCUCUGUCCUCUCACAGCCUUCUGAGAGCGAACCUGAGGAGGGAUGGACUGGGACUGAAGAGGCUCAAGACUUUGAACCAUGUGGGACUUUAGACAGCAGUGCAUACUCCGAGCAAUCAUCUCUGUGCAGUGAGGAGAGGGAAGGGAAUAUAACCGAAUGGGAAGUGGCCAAGUUUGACUUCCUGCCAAAGAACCAUUUGGUCAGAAGCAGCACUGGAAGCUAUGAGGGUGAUGAAGAGACUUCAGUGAUUGAUAUUUCCUUCCACCCUAAGAGAAGCAAUGGUGAAAAUGGGACAAGGAAUCCCCAUCAGCUAAAAGAAGAGAAUUCUCUACUUAGAAAGCAAGUCAAAGAACUCCUUAGAAGAUCAGAAACUGACUCCGAAAGGAUCAAACAUCUCACAGAGGAGCUGCACAACAAGAAGUUGCAGGAUGAGAGCGAUGCUAAGGCUCUGGAGACAAUGGUGCAGUCAGUAGAACAAAAUCUUCAGUUAAUGACGAAGCGAGCAGUCAAGGCUGAAAACAGUGUUUCAAAAUUGAAACAAGAGAUACAACAACUCCAGAGCCAGCUUGAAGGAUAUAAAAGUGAAAAUGAGAGGCUUAGAUGUGGACAAACCACUGCCUUAACCACGAUGCGACACAAUGCGCAAGUGGCCUCUGAAUACCUUAACAAAGCGGCUCAAGAUGCAGAAACCUCUAUCAAGCAGCUGCUGACAGGGAGAGAUACACUGUGUCUUGUAUCCCAGUUAUUGACAUCAAUUGACAAGAUCACAGAGAUUCAUAACUAAGAUUUUUAAUUGCUUCCUUUUGCAUCCAAACACCUUGUCCAAUACACUAUAAAGUCACUGUAAUCAGACGUUAGUACUUUGUAUUUCGUAUUAUUUAUCCCAUUCAUUAGUUUCAUGGUUUUAUUGAAACUCAAAAUUAGGUGAGCUAGGCACUUUUAUAGUCAAUGAACCAUGUGUCUACCUGUCAUGCUGGACCACUCAGAUUGAUUGAAAUGUGCAUGUCUUUUUAAUAUAGCAAACAAAUUAAGCUUUAACAGGAGCAUUUAUUAGGGAUAUUACCAAUGAAAUCUAAGAUCUGUUGUGCAAUGUAUGUGAGUAUUCUUUACCAAGACUGUGCACUUUUAUUUAAAUAAUGACUCCUAAAUAAUGAAGUCCUAUCUUAAAAUACUAUUAUAUGACAGAUUAUCAAUUUCUUAAUUUUACUUUACACACGCUUUAGUUAUUUGUGUUUAAAAAAAAAUACUUUACUAAUCAGAGUUGAAUA